UGUUCCACCCGGUAUAUAUGUGCCCAAGGUGAGAUGAUCCACAGUGGGUAUAGGACUACGUACGUCCACACUCCAAACAUAUCAUGAAAGUCCGUGUCGGGGUUUUCUUGGUGAUCCAAGUUUUCUUCGUUUUGGCAGCAGCCGACGAUGUCACCCAAGUCGAAGUCGUCACUGCAACCGAAAGAUAUGUAGAGAAUCAAACAGAGGUUUAUCAGUACGUUGAAGAGAGUACCGAAACUGAAGUCACAGAAAUACAAUCGGACGAUACCCAAUGGUCACCGCAAAACCAGCAAAUAUCGCAGACUGUUGGCCAAAACCAACAAACUACCUCGCAAGUUGUUGACCAAAAUCAGCAAACUACCUCGCAAGUUGUUGACCAAAAUCAGCAAACUAUCUCGCAAGUUGUUGACCAAAACCAACAAACUACGUCGCAGGUUGUUGGGCAAAAUCAGCCAAUAAAUGACGGAGAAAACCAGCAACAAACUUUGCAGGUUGUCCAACUCAAUCACAAGAACGGACAAGCCUCACAAAACCAACAGCCAAUCAUAUCUGGUCGUAACCACCAUAAUCUUCCACUCUUCAAUCAAAACCAGCGACCUAGCUCACAAGUACCAAAACCGCCUGGAAUGAACCAGCAACCACAAAAUAAUGGAGGGCAAAACCCGCAACAUGGCUUCUCAUUAUUUGGUCAUGGACGGGGACACCAAAACCAGCAACAGAUUAAUCAACCUUCCGGACAAAACCAGCAACAGGCACAAAUUUUUUGGCAACAAGUCCCUAACGGAAGGCCUCAAAAUGGAGGAAAUGGAUUGCUUGGACUUGGACAAAGAAGGGGUGGCUUGCUCAAUAAUGUUCUAGGUGGCGUCAAACAAAUUAUAUCUGGCACUUUGAAGUCUGUUCUGGGUAUUAAUGGUAAUCCAGACAUCGUUAACAUAUUGUACCAGUUGACUGGACAUAGAGAUGAACAGUCGGCCUUGCAGUACAUAAGAACUAUCGCUGAAUUUGACGAUGUCGAUGCGGUGUACCAGUUUUUGAGUCAAUGCAAGGGCAACAGGAGUUGGUCGUAUAUUAUCAACUUCUUGAACCAAUUUGAAGGAAGCGCUAAUAUUUCUGUAUUGGUGAGGUUGCUAAGAAUUAUAACCAACAAUAGAAAUGUGCUGAACGCGUUUGACACUAUCAAGCGUGUGACGGGACACGACAACUUUGUCGGCGUCGUCGAGAUACUGCUGCGCAUCACCGGUGGCAAGACUGAAGCUGACAUAAACGAUUAUUACGUACACAACUUCGAAAAACUGCACGGUCUGGAAGCCCUGAGGCAACACAUACUACAAUGGACUGGCGGGAUCGGCUCAGCGGAGUUUAUCAACGUGUUGGAAGCUCUCAAACCGGAAAUCGAUGUAAACGCUACGCUUCAAGUCUUGAUUACUGUUUUGAGAAAAAAUGACCUGGGCGAAGCUACAGCGCAGUUCCCCUCGCUGCUGGGAGUGAAGACCAUGUCACAGGCCGUCAAAGAGUUCAACACCGUCAUGAAACAACCCAAUUUACGUUUCAGUAUCGAAGAGUGUCUACAGCAAGCUGGAAACGUCAAUCUGAAGACUGUUCUACAGGGUAUGUACCGUGUGGUGGGCGCCAACAACCUGCGAACAGUGCAAAUCACCGUGCAGAACCUCUUCAAUGUUAACAGUGUCCUCGACCUGUUCAAGUACAUCAACCGCGUGACCAAGAGCCGCGACCCGGUGGGCGUGCUCGGCACCUUCCUGACCCUCACCCAGCAGUCCAACCUCGUUAACGCCUGCUCCGACAUCCAGAGCCUCACCAGCAGACAGGGUGAGUCAGUACUUAUACAUACACCGCGUGACCAAGAGCCGCGACCCGUGGGCGUGCUCGGCACCUUCCUGACCCUCACCCAGCAGUCCAACCUCGUUAACGCCUGCUCCGACAUCCAGAGCCUCACCAGCAGACAGGGUGAGUCAGUACUUAUACAUACACCGCGUGACCAAGAGCCGCGACCCGUGGGCGUGCUCGGCACCUUCCUGACCCUCACCCAGCAGUCCAACCUCGUCAACGCCUGCUCCGACAUCCAGAGCCUCACCGGCAGACAGGUUACUGUCCUGGAGUUCCUAGAGCAGCUGCAACAGGAAGCCAACAGGGACGGCCUCGACAUACUCAAGAACCUGCUCGUCAUCACCGAGAGACGCUCUCUGGUCCGUGCGUGGGAGAUCAUAAUCACCGUCACAUCGGAGCCUGACAUCUUCGAGGUGGUUAAAUCCCUCAAGUCGUACACGCAGGUGGACAUCAUCACUUUCUUCCAGACCUGGAUGAGAGUCACCAACACCAGCGACGUGCGCUCCGCCUGCAACAAGGUCACCAGGAUAUUCAGAGUCACCGGUUUCUUCAGAUGGAUCAAAAUUAUUCGCACUAUUAUCACUAUUGAUAUUAUAACUUUCAUCAGAAGAUUCGUGACAAUCAGUACUCGACACUCUUUGGAGGAUUCUGUCAUUAUUGUCCAACGAGUGACUGGCAACAGAGAACCCAUUGAAGCUAUGAAGAAAAUAAUUGUAUUGGCCGGAACAACCGAUAUACUCAAAGCGAUCAACUUCAUAAAAGAACAUCCCCUAGCACAAAGUCAAAAUCAAGGUGCCAACAGCAAUAGACCUGACAUUAAUAUUACACCUGCCAUUUUUGCCAAUCCACCACAACCCGUACACCCAACUGAUCCUGUUUCUGGUGACGGUACACCUGCAACUCCACAACCAGGAUCAGGCUCGCCCGCAACGACAUCCGUAAACCCAACUGGUACUGGUCCUGUUUCUGGUGACGGUACACCUGCAACUCCACCAGGCCAAGGAUCGCCCGCAACGACAUCCGUAAACCCAACUGGACCUGUUUCUGGUGACGGUACACCUGCAACUCCACAACUAGGAUCAGGAUCGCCCGCAACGGCAUCCGUAAACCCAACUGUGACGGUACACCUGCAACUCCACAACCAGACCAAGGAUCGCCCGCAACGACACCCGUACACCCAACUGGUCCUGUUUCUGGUGACGGUACACCUGCAACUCCACCAGGCCAAGGAUCGCCCACAACGACAUCCGAAAACCCAACUGGCCCUGUUUCUAGUGACGGUACAGGUGUACCGUCACCAGCUGGUUGUGGAGUUGCAGGUGCAACUCCACAACCAGGCGAGGGAUCGCCCGCAACGACAUCUGCCCUAG